CUCUAUCUCUCUGCUGCGGGUGUUGUUCAACUACACAUCGUCGCCGAUCAUGCCUUUCCUCAAGCGCACCGAGCGCGAGGCUCAGAAUGCCGGCCAGUUAGAAAAGGCUCCUUCGCCUCCUGGGGGCGGAGCAGCAGGAGCAGCACCAAAGGUCACCUUCAUUGCUGUCUUCCUCGGACUGGUGGCUUCGAUUGGAGGUUUCAUGUUCGGUUAUGUUUCCGGUCAAAUCUCUGGUUUCUUCUCCAUGGCCGAUUAUGCUCGACGAUUCGGUACGCUCCAGCCUGACGGUACAUUGGGUUUCUCUGCUGUGCGACAAGGAACCAUUACUGGUCUGCUCUGUGUGGGCUGUCUGUUUGGGGCACUGCUGGCAGGCAAGAUUGCCGAUACCCUGGGACGAAAGCGAUCGAUUUCCAUCUCGGCUUUCUCCUGCAUGAUUGGUACUGUCAUCGAGGUUUCGUCUGAUACCGCUUGGUAUCAAUUCGCCAUCGGUCGGCUCGUCAAUGGUGUUGGUAUUGGAUCGCUUUCGGUCCUGGUGCCGAUGUACCAGUCCGAGUCCUCUCCAGCUGUCAUUCGUGGUGUUCUUGUGGCCAGCUACCAGCUGUUCAUCACUCUCGGUAUCUGGACUGCCGAGAUGGUGGACUGGGGAACUUCGGAGAUGGAGAACUCUGCAUCCUGGCGCAUUCCCAACGGUAUCUCGUUUGCGUGGGCUCUGGUUCUUGGUGUCGGUAUUCUCUUCCUUCCCGAGAGCCCUCGCUACGCGUACGCCAAAGGUCGUGUCGAAGAGUGCCGCACCACCCUGGCCAGAUUGGGCGGCCUCGCGCAGGACUCCCGUGAGGUCAAUCUAUUGAUGAACGACAUUAGGGUCAAGCACGAAGAGGAGACUGCUGCCGGCAAAGCCAAAUGGAUCGAGCUCUUCACAGGACCCAAGAUGUUUUACCGUGUUGCUCUCGGAGUCAUCCUGCAAGCCGGCCAACAACUCACCGGAGCGAAUUUCUUCUUCUAUUACGGAACAACCAUCUUCAAGGCCACCGGUCUCAGUAACUCCUACGUCACACAAAUCAUCCUGGGUACUGUCAACGUGGCGUGCACCAUCGGCGGUCUCUGGGUCGUCCAGAAGUGCGGUCGCCGCAACGCCCUCAUCGUCGGAGCUCUGUGGAUGUUCAUGUGCUUCAUGGUGUACAGUUUCGUGGGCCACUUCGCCCUGGACCAGACUGAUCCCACCCAAUCGCCUGCUGCGGGCAAUGUCCUGAUUGUCUUCUCUUGCCUGUUCAUUGCUGCUUUUGCAACGACAUGGGGUCCACUCGUCUGGGCUGUUGUCGGUGAGCUGUACCCCAUGAAAUACAGGGGACCAGCAAUGGCUCUCGCGACGGCAUCGAACUGGCUGUGGAACUUCCUCAUCUCCUUCUUCACACGCUUCAUCACGGAUGCAAUCGACUACUUUUACGGCCUGGUCUUCGCCGGAUGUUGCUUGGCGUUGGCAGUCAUUGUCUUCUUCUUCAUGAUCGAGUCCAAGGACCGCUCGUUGGAGGAAAUUGAUACCAUGUACAUGCUCGGAGUGAACCCCAUCACCAGUGCCAAGUGGGAUGGUAGCAAGGUGCCUGAUAGUGCUGAUACCAGCGGGAAGAACAGCAGCGAUGCUGCCGGCGCCGAGAGAGAGGCCUUUCCCGAUCGGCAGAAAUCUGUGACUAUUGGAGAAGGAUUGUGAUGAACAACUACCAAAACAGUGCUAUGAUUUUGUGUAUAGAUUUAUAUGUAGCGUAAUGUGAAUGAAAAGCCA